AUGUUGCAACUGAAUGAGUUAGAAGAACUCCGCAAUGAAGCCUAUGAGAGUUCGAAGAUAUACAAAGCCAAAACAAAAGCUUUUCAUGACAAACACAUUGUUCGAAGGCAAAUUCAGCCGAAACAAAAAGUUUGGCUUUACAAUUCAAGGCUAUGCUUAUUUCCAAGAAAGCUUAAGUCUAGAUAGACAGGUCCUUACAUUGUAGUGGAAACAUAUGAUCAUGGAGUAGUCUUGAUUAAAGAUCCCAAGAAUGAUCAUACAUUUGAGGUCAAUUGUUAUAGACUUAAACCUUAUUUGCAGCAUACCAUUCAUGAGUCUCAAGAGAUUUAUUUGCAGGAUCCAUGAGUUCAUUGACAUUUGGCUGACGACGUUAAACUUAGCGCUUGUUGGGAAGCAACCCAAUCAUUUGCAAUUGUUAUUUUUCUUUUCUACUUUUAUGUAUUAUUUUAUUUUUUUUGUAAAGAAGAUGACCAGUUAGAUGAGCUUCUCACUAGACUAAGAUGAUUGCAGAUGAUAUAACUAGUUAGUACAAUCCUCAAAGGAUUGA